AUGAGGGAUUUCCCUUCUUGCUUUGGCGAAAAUGGUGUUCAAAUCGCUGAUGCUUCGUCUUCAUCAAGUGCUUCGAUUACUACAGCUAGUGGUAAAAUUGGUCAGAAUCUCGUUACUUGUGUUUAUCAGUGUAGAUUGCGCAAUUUUUCUUGCUUCAUUAUCACUGUUACUUGGACUAAAAACUUGAUGGGUCAAGGUCUUUCUGUUCAAAUUGACGAUUCCACCAAUCAAUGUUUGUGUAAAGUUGAAAUUAAACCAUGGUUGUUCUCCAAACGAAGAGGGUGUAAGAAUAUUGAAGUGAGUUCUAAGUUAAUCGACAUUUAUUGGGAUUUAGCGUCUGCAAAAUUCGGUUUUUCACCUGAACCACUUGAAGGCUUUUAUUUUGCCAUUGUGGUAAACCAAGAUUUGAUCUUGGUGUUAGGGGAUAUGGAGAAGGAAGUGCAAAAGAAGCUAGACGUGUCCUCCUUUGCCCCAAAUGUUGUUUUCUUGUCGAAAAAAGAGCAUAUUUUUGGGAAGAAAGUGUAUGCCACUAAAGCUCGAUUGUGCGGAAAAGGGAAAAUGCAUGAUGUUUCGAUUGAAUGUGAUGCAUUGGGCACAAAUGAUCCAUAUCUAUUGAUCCGUGUAGAUGGUAAAACAAUGAUGCAAGUGAAACAUCUUAGAUGGAAAUUCAGGGGAAACUAUACGAUUUUGGUGGAUGGAUUGCCAGUUGAAGUGUAUUGGGAUGUGCAUAAUUGGCUCUUUGGUAAACUAAUGGGAGAAGCUAUUUUCUUGUUUCAGACUUGUUUAUCAGCUGAGAAAUUGUGGGCGAGUCCAUCUAUGUUGGAUUCCUCUUGGUCAGGCUCGUGUUCUAGAGAUCCACAUUCACAAGGUUUAGGUUUUUCUUUAGUGUUGUGUGCUUGGAAAAACGAAUAG